AUGUCUGAAGCGCAGAUGAGCUCUGAGACAGUAGCGACACCUUUACAAGGCUCACGUCCUUAUCGCUCCCACCGAUUUCCAGCCUGUGACAUUUGCCGAAGACGGAAAACUCGGUGCACCAAAGAUGUUGACAGCCAGCCUUGCCAUUACUGUCAGCAGCAUGGCCUUGACUGCACAAGGGGCGGUCAGGAAGGAGAUAGAAAUGUUGCCGUAUCAGCUCGCCGUGAGAGGCGCUUGCGGCAGGCUGGCCAGAGGCCACAGCCACGUCAAACGGCCACGGCCACAGCUACAUCAGAGCGAACAGCUCUGGAAGACAUCGUGCUCAAUGGAACACAAUUACAUCCUCGGUCAGAGGAGAUCAUGAACAACGCCACGCAUAAUGACGAGGCCUCGAGUGAGAACGAAGAUGGAGCAUAUCAACGAACGGCUCAGACCCACUCCGGUCACAUCAUCGGUCCUGUCGCUGCUCGGGACGUUCAGGUGUUGGAGCAAUACAUGUCUCCAGCAGCGACCCUACCCGUGUCUCAUGUGCGACCGAAUCCCUACAGUGUAUACUCAAGCGAUUCGCGAAACCCAAUCGUCUAUCUCAAGGUCCCGCGACAGCGUGUCCGAGCCUCCCGGGGCAAUGGGUCGGCGGGUUUCAAACAAUAUGAAGCCAUCGAGAAAGUGCUUGAGCCGCUCGGAGCUGAUGUGGUUGACCUCUAUUUCCAGGCCUUCCAUCCCUCCUUUCCCAUCCUCGAUGAGAAGACCGUCGUGGAAUCUUACCGAAAGAAAGCACUCCCACAUGUGCUGGUCUGCGAGAUUUAUGCUGUUUCAAUAAUAUCGUGGUCAACCUCGCCGAAAUUAGCAAAAGCACGUCCAGACCGACCAGAUGUGAGGUAUAUCUGGAAUCAGACAGUCGAAGCCCUAAAUGAAGAAUUCCUCGCGCCAGGUUUCUCGACCGUCUUAUCCUGCAUUCUAGAUCUCACAGGUCGCCCGACAACCUCAAUGACAUAUAAUGCCAUCAAUAUUGGUCGGGCAGUCGCAUUAUCGCAGAGCUUAGGACUGAAUAGAGAUCCACGUGGAUGGAAUCUGGAUCAGCGUCAGAAAGCGCUGCGAAUACGGACCUGGUGGGGAGUGUUGAUCCACGACUGGUGGGCGAGCCUUGCACAUGGGACACCUCCGCACAUACACCCACAACAAUUCGACGUUGAGGUGCCGGACUUGAACUCUCUUCUCAUUGGUGGUGUAGCAUCAGACCACGACUCUGGCCGCACAUCAGGUCCACGUACAAUGGGGGCCCAGAGUUUCCGGGCAUUGUGCCAGCUGACCGAGAUCCUUGGGAAUAUCCUACCUCUCGUGUAUGACACCAGGAACCGCAAACCAGAUGCUCAACUUCGCUCUGUAAAGCGAGUCGAAGCAUCGAUGGACGACUGGGAGGAAACCCUCCCACCCGCCUUGAAUCCAAAGACCCCGGACUUCCAAAGAGAACAACCUGGCGCUUUGAGUCUGCAGCUGUCCUUCUUGGCCGUGAAGAUGUGUAUUUGUAGGCUGUCAUUACUGGAAUCUGUCAAGACCGAUGACUGUAACAAUCCAGAAACAUGGCAGUAUCUCCACCUGCAGUGUCGUCGAGCCGCAAAAGCCGUCAUUGAUUUCACCCUGUCAUUGCGUGGACGCGACCUCCAUGCCUUCUGGAUGCCAUACACUGCGUAUCACUUCGCUUCUGCGGGCAUACUAAUAUUGCGCUGUGGACUCGAAGCAGCAAGUGAUGAGAUUGCACAAGACUGCAUUUCCGCCGCACGUGCUUUGGUUGAGUACCUCCGCAGAGCAAAAGACGAAGCGAAGUGGGAUCUGGCAGAUAUCUGCUUGUCGCAGUGCGAAUCCGUGGUUCAUCAAUUGAAUGACGAGGCAUACCUUCGACAUGCCCGAAGACGCAACCACGAGGGUGGAGCAUCAAUAACCAACUCCCAACGGCGGGAGUAUGACAACUAUCCAGAUCGAGCUGUCUCCAAUGCGCCUCAGAUCCACCAGCGUCAGCAGCCGUCAUCCGCGGCAACAACGGCGCCUCAGCCUCCAUCCGAGAGUAUGAUCGCUAUGGACAACACUUUACAAUUGGGAGAAUCAAGCAGCAUGCCUCAUGAAUCUGAUGCCAGGACAGAGUGUUCCUGGGAUCCGUUCGCCCAGCUAACCAUCCCAGACCUCUGGGAAGCCUCUGGCCUGAACGAUAAUAGCGGGUUCCUGGUAUAA